AUGUCUUUGCCGUUCUACUCCUUCUCUUCCCUCCUCCAAUUACCGACUACAAACCUCUUACCACCACCCACAACACACAAAUACAAAACGCUUCCACCCACCCACUCACGCCUCCAAAUGCUCGAAUCGCCCGUGCUGGUGCCCCGCGGGCCUGAAAAUGAUUCCUCCAGCUCCAACGCCGCCAGCCCGGUCCAGUUCAUCAAAGAGUACAUAGAGAAAACCCUCAACACACCGCCCGGGUUGCCCGUCAGCGUGGCAACAGAACACUACAAGCGCCAGCGGCUCAUAGAAGAAAUCAUAGAGUCCGAGCGCGAGUACGUGCAAAUGCUCCACAUACUGCAAACCUGUUUUCUCGACGUGCUGUCAAUCAACGACUAUAUUCCGAUGCAGCGGCUGAGCAAAGUAGUUGUCAAGAUCCUGCCCUUGCAUGAGAAUUUGUGCCGGCAGCUUGAGCGAGAAGUCGGCCAAAGCAUCAAAAGGUUCGACGAGUCCACAGAGCCCAACUGGUCCGACUUGUCGAUGACGUCGUGGGACCAUAUGGAGCUUUGCCAGAGAUUCGCAUUUCUCUUGGCAACAGAAGCGAUCGAGACAGACCAAUACCGCGAUUACGUCCACUACUACAACCAGGUCAGUCACCUUCUCACACGCAUGGGUCAGGAGAGUCAGGACCGACUUUUAUUUGCCGUUCUGUUCCGCAUCGAAUUGUGUCUUCCAAAAUACUACGCCAAAACGUCACAACAGGGCUACAAGCGAGAUUUUUCGUUCCGUGCCAUGAUCCAAUUGCCCAUCAAUCGGAUCACCAAGUACAGGCUGUUUCUCGAGUCGCUGGUGUAUCUGACCGAGCAUCCGACCAUCACAGAUUUGAAACGAUUGGACGAGUCCACAUGCGCGGCCAUCGCAGAGAGCAUCCAGGAAUAUCUAAAACAAAUGUAUUCCACAAUGAAGAGAAUCAACGAGCCCAAUUCAAACACGGCCAAAGAUUUGACGUUGACGCUGAUUCAAAACCGCCUAUCGUUUGAUUCGCCAGACGAAAGGCUCCCCAUAGAAGCCAUGGGUUCCUGUAGUGCCAGGGGCUGCUUCGCAGUGGUGUGGCCAGUGACAGACGAUAGUGCUUCUACAUCCGGGUCGUACCGCAGUCGCUAUUUCAACCCAUCGUACCGGUCCAAGAGGUCUUUGAGCAUAGAAAGCGAUCAGUUUGGAGUUUUUCUCUUCGACACGUAUUUGGUGCUUGCAGAAGUGCCCAGCAUGCAGAGAACGCCCAUUUGCGAAUGGCCGAUCAAGUUUGCACUGCGAUUGUCCAAUUGUCGUUUGGUGGAUGUUGUUAGCGAGAUGGAGUCGCAAAGCGACGAUUUGGGGCUGUUUUCGAACUGUGAAAACAGCCUGAAGAUCCAGUUCGACUAUGACUUCAAACUAUGGGAGAUUUUGAUUUUUUUCAGAGACCCUGCAGAGUCCAACGCCUGGCGCAAGGAACUGGAUGAGUGCAUGAACAGGGUUUACACUAACGGGGAAGAACUGCAACGCUUGUCGCGACAGGAAAGUGUAACACAAUCCACACUGGAGAGCACAUUGCAUUUUAGCGAUACCACCACAUUCCCAGAGCAGAUGGUUCCGUACAUCAGCUACAAUGAGACCCUAUCUGGACGUUUUGACCGGGCCAAGACCGCCAAAACCGUCAAGAGCGGUGCGGCCAAUUGUGCCGGGUUCUGUUACCGGGGAGAAAUGGCCAGCGUGGAGGUCGAGUUCCGAGAUUCGUUGCUGGAGCUUUCGCCGGCUUCGACGUGGUUCACGCGUGGGUCUUCAAGCCGGUUGGACCUCAGACCAGAAACGGGCUGCAGUCUGCGUGAACCCAGCAACUUCAGAGCGGUUUUUACGCGCUGGAAACGGGUGCAGAUAGAGCGAAGUAUGUGGGAUGUGUGGAGUCCGCAGUUGCAGAAGCUGUGUGUUGUAGACGACAAACGGGAGGAGUCUUCAUCUUCAGAGCUGGAACGGGCGUUCGUCAGAGCGGCCUCGGACAAUUUGAUUGCCACGCAAGCUUCCACGGUUCCUGUACGGUCGUCGUCGACUUUUAGGACCACACGAUGGUCGAUCCGGAGGGUCUUUUCACGGCGACGAAGUCGCCGAAAGAAACCCACAACAAGUGUUGUGCAUGUUUCAUGA